AUGACAGGUCAACUUCGGAGGACCACUUCGGUAGGGCCAGCUCUAAGACCCGCUCGAUUCGUAGGGAUAAAAGGAGUGCUCGAGACCACAGCCGUUAACCGCCGUUGUGAAAACCAGGCGGCCAGUCUCGCAGACGGGAUUGGGGAGGGAGGAGGGGAAAAUGAGAAUAACGAGAGAGCCAUGGUGACGGAAAUAGCAGCCCCUCGGUGCGUUGCAGUGACGGGGACCUUGGAGGAAAUGUCGACGUCAAAGAAAGACUUUUCGGGGGGACCUUGGGGCCAUGCUGACCCGCAUUUGGACGGUCGACGUCAGGAGAAUUUAGUUGAAGGGGAUCCAUUCAGGAAGAGUCGAUAUCGUAUCUUCGAACAAGACACAUCUAGUCAUGAAAGCAGGCGGUAUGACGCCAGCACCAACACCGCUUUCGCUUUCCUUCCUGAAAGCGGCGAGGAGGAGAUCGCUGACGUAAUCAUCUUCCUGAGACGGCGGUACUUGAGGCUGGGCGAGGCAUGA